CCAUAGAACUGUCCUUUGUACCCGUUCGUGGUGUCCACCCUUCCCUCACGUUGAAGACUGCUGCUGUGCAUGGUUGCGACGAUCAGGACGGCGCACUGUUUGAUGUGAGUGAUACUGGCCUCUGCUGUCAGCUUUGCUGACGGAACACUAACUCAAGUCCCACCUGAACAAUGCUGUGCAGCAUUUUCAGUUGGUUCUUGACCAGUGUCCCAUUGACCAUCCUGGCUACACAGCGGCACUCACCUACCUCGUGUACGCCCGCCUUGAAGACAAUAUUCGAAAGGAUCUUCAAGAUAUUGAUAAUACUACCUCCCUCUUCCGCACAGGGAACUGCAUGACUGCCAUUGUUGUGUAACAAAGUUUCAUGUGGCGGCCGUGUAUCCUUGUCAUCUAUAUUGAGCACACUUGUACUCAGACAGUGGAAGCUUCAGCGUUCACAAACAGACAACCUUCAUACACCAACCGUCCCAGGACGGCCGUUCUGAGCAUUGAUUAUGGCCCCAGCAAAAAUGACGUCAGCAAAGUGUGGCUCUGGCUGAUCGCCCACUUGGAAGGCACGAACGCCUAUCACGCAUUGUGUUCUUUGUUGAUGAGCCUUGUUAAUAGCGAAUGGCCACGGCAAACGAUCCAUUGUCGCCAGCUUGUGCCAUUCUACUUGGGGAUAGGUCAUCAAGGUUCACUGGGCAGGCCCAUCCUGCAUGCGGAACUGCAGCGCACAGAGGUAUACAGUCGCCUCCGAUCCGGCGGUCAGUGGGCUAUUCGCCCUGUUUUGGAAAUUUGCAAUCAAGGCAACGAAGGCGCUGAGGCUGCUUUAAGGGCAGCGCUCACCAGUCGCAGCUAGCCUCAUAGCCUCAUAUGUGUUGGUAUCACAGUGAUGAG